AUGAGCGCAAAAAAUAUUGAGAUUAAGCAGAAUGUUUUUUUAUCGAACAUUUUUUGCGACUCGGACAAUUUGAAGAAUUUAAUGAGGGGCAGCCCUAAGAAGAGGGCCAGGGAAAAGGACAAGGAAAAGAAUUACCUUUCGGCGCAGAACUUCUGCUACGACAGGGAGGGCGAUGAAGACAUCUUCAAGGUGGAAGAAAUUUACGACCGGGACUUCUCGUCGAAGGAGAAAAAGUGCAAGCUGUUCGUGCCGUUCAAAAACAAAAGGGAGAGGGAGCCCAGAUUUAUCACUAUAGAAAAGAUAAAGAAGAAAUAUAAAAGCAUCAAUAUAUACGAUGCGCUAAAUGACAAAAAGAGGCUGCUCGAUUCGGAGGAAGCCAAUUACAAAUGGCAAGACAUACUAAACUAUGAGGACUCCUCUUUCGACAUAUUCACGAUAGACGAAAUAGUGAAGGAGCUGAAGGAGGAGGAAAUCCCAGAGGACCAAAUAGGCGAAAAAAACAAGUCAGCAAAGGAGUCAAAUCAUGAAAAUUUAAAGAAAAAGGAAAGGAACGUCGUUCCGUUUAAGGCGAAAGGAGUGACCUCACAACAAAAGAACAUAUUUCAAAGCGUCUUUGAUGACAUAUACAUUUAUGAUUAUAACUACGAGUCGAAUUUGUUUAUAGUAAAGAAAAAAACAUCGAACGAAUUUUUCGAAAUUCAUAGAAUGCAGUUUUUUUUUACUAGCGAAAAUCCAAUACUAUACGCAGAGAAAAUUUUUAACGCCAUUAAAAACAGAUCUACCAACUUGAAGAGAAGGCUACACUUUGCAGAAAUUGACAACAAGUUUGCCCACUUCAAUUGUAUUCUGAACGAUGUGCACGAAAUUGCCGAAAGGAAUUCAAUCAUAAAGAAUGCCACUGAUGUGCAAUCCAUUGCCAGCAAUUUGAACACCUUUUGUAAUGUCUGGCUAGGCAGACGAAUUUGCAGCAACAAAUUUUUUAAAUUUCCCCCCCAGUUGUACAGAGAUAAGAACGAAAUAAAAUACUACAACUACGAUUUUGAGAAUAAGAAGAACAUCAUUAAGCAGUGUGUGCUGCUGGAGAACAAGAAAGUCAUCAAGACUUUUUUGGGCAUUAUAAACAAGUGUGCCUUGGUUAGGAUAUCCAUUUUUGAUACCACCAUUUCGAGUCCCUACGAGAUGAACGACUUCUUCCAGGCGCAGAACGCCUCCGUUUUGAAGUCCUUCGAACGCGUGAACAGCGGCUGGAUGAACGACAUGAAGGCGAUCAUCGAGGAGAACCUGAAGAACUGCACCAAGGGCAACUACAACCUGAAGGACAUCUCCACGGAGACCUUCAAGUACACCAAGAUAAGGAUCUUCUUCAACAUAUUGAAGCUGAUCAUCGAAAGGAGAAUAAACGAAAUGUUGGUUAGCAACAUGGACGAGUUUGCAAACAUGUUCGUGCAAAACAUGGUGAGCUGCAAGAAGAACAAAAAUUACUUGCCCGUAUUUGUAAUUAACGUGACGAAGAAAUUUGACUACUCCAGAUUUAUUCUAGACAACAGUCCCCUCUCCUUCUUCGAAAAGUUGGAAGACCUCAUCUACUCCACGCUCAUAAAAUACCAGCAGAUAGAAAAAAUAGAAAAGUUAGUAAUCCCACAGGUGUUCAAAAACGACAAAUUUAUUUUCUACAAAUCUAUCAAGGAAAGUGACAAAUUUAUAUGUGAAAAGUUGCUUCACAUAAGGCACCUUUUUGACGAGUCAAAAAAUAUGAUAGAUAGCUACUUGUCCAAAAUUAACAAGCACGCUGACAUUCUCAAUUUCAAUGUUAAUGAGGCCAUCAAAAAUAUUGACAUCAACACGAGUGUGGAGCAUAUUCAAAAUAUCAUUUACAAAAAUUUUGAGAAGAUACAAAACAUUAAUGAGACCAUCGAGGAUAACAUCAACUUGGGGAUCUUCCUCGUCAAAUGCAAAGACAUCAAGCUUUUCAUCAUAAAUGAGGUUAACAAUUAUAUCAAGGCUUUGACCAACAUUAUUGUGCAGCGGUACAAAGAAAAGUACACGUCGAACCUCAUGUUCUACAACUCCAUCAUCGUGAGGCUGAAAAAGAAGACCAACAAAAUUCAGGACAUCUACGAAAAGGAGGAGUACAUCAAGGACAUGAAGAAGAGCCUGGACUUCGUCUCGCACGACAUCAAAGAAAUCAACGUCCUCUUCAACUGCCUGAACAAGCUCAACUACAAGUUUUCCAACGACGAUUAUCUCUCCUACUGGAAAAUAGUCAACCGACCCAGCAAGAUAGAAAAAAUUGUCAAGGAGGUGAACGAGCACAUAGUUAAGCAGAAAAACAUUCUCCUCGAAGAGCUCAUAAAUGACGAAUCGAAAUUCCAAAGCAGCAUUGUUGACAUGAAGGAGAAUGUGCAGUCCAUCAAAAGCUUCAACGAUGAGAGCAACUACCUGAGCAUUAACAAGUUUAUCCUGACCGUCCAGAAUCAGCUAGCCGUUCUCAUCAAGGAGUCAAAGGAGAUCAAUUACCGGGAAAAGCUCUUCAACAUUGAGAUGUCCGAUUUCUCGAUCCUCCCCAAGAUUCAAAAUGAGCUGAACCUGUACUACACCUUCUGGCUCAUUUACAAAAGCAUAAAGUCGAUGGACGAGCGGUUCGACAAAAAAAUUAACUCCCUCAACCACAAAAAAAUAGAAGACGACUUUAACUUGAUCCUGAAAAAUAUGAACAAAAUUAACAAGCACGCCAAUGAGUACUACAAAAAUAAGAAUGGGUUAAUCAAAAAGAUGAAUGAGAAGCUGACCUUCUUCAAUUCGUACGUGUCUCUGUUAAUUUCGUUGAGGAAGCCGAGCAUAAAGGAGAGGCACAAGGAGCAGAUUGCCAAAAUUAUCGACGACAAGAACAACAUCGACUUCAACACGAUAACUUUUAACGAGCUCCUCAAGCUGAACAUAAACAACAAAAUAACCAGCAUUAUUAACAUUUGUGAGAAGGCCAAUAAGGAGAAUGCCAUUGAGAAGUUUUUGGGGAAGAUAAAGAACAACUUCAGCAAAAUCGAGUUCCAAAUGAAGCAGGAGGAGAACAACAAAAUCUGGAUCAUCUCCAACAUGAACGAAAUUUUGGCCAAGAUUGAGGAGAACCUGGUGGUGAACCAGAACCUGCUCAUAAUAAACAUCUACGAAAUUUACCACAUCGACAUAAUCAACAACCAGAACAUGAUGAUGAACGCCAACAACAUCAUCCACACGUUGAAGAAGAGCCAGAACCUUUUUCUCUACCUCAGCCGGAUCUUCGUGCUCACGGACAUUUCCAAGCAGCUGGCCAACGAGUCGAAAAAGUACAAGCUCAUCUACAGCAACUUCCUCAACCUGUGCAAGCUCAUCGAGGAAGACAAGAAGCUGGAGAAGUUCUGCGCCCGGAAGGACACCAAGGAGAAGCUGGCCGAGCUGUACAGCAACCUGAACCUGCUCCUGAAGAGCAUCAACGAGUACCUAGACCUCAAAAGGGAAAUCUUCAACCGCUUCUACUUCCUGAGCACAGACGACCUCAUCAACUUGAUUUCCUCCAACAUCAACGACCAGAUAAACACCUACCUGUUUAAGAUUUUUAACAGCAUUUACAAGUUGGUGAUCGUGAAUGGGCACAUCGUGGCGUUUCAAUCCCAGAGGGGAGAGCAACUCCUCCUCUGCAACGAAAUUCAAAUUGAAAAAAAAGAGAUCACGGAGAUACUCGUGGAGGUGGAAAAGGAGAUGUUCUUCAGCGUGAAGAAGCAAAUCUACGAUAACAUUUUGGAGUAUAAAAAUCUGAUGGACAUAAAGGAGGAUGACUUCCUCAAGAGCAACAAUGACAUUAAGAGUUACUCUCAGUGCAAGUCGUAUGAUGACUAUGACUCGGGCGACUCCGCGAGCAGUUUUUCGUCCGCCGGGAGUGUGGCGGAUGAGGGGGUGGCGAAGCCGCUCGACGGGGGAGUCCCUCACGAUGGGGUUGCCCCGCUUGAUGCUUCCCCUGUGCAACUUACCCCCUCAUCGGUCACCCCCCCGUCGGUGAACAAAAAGAUCCUCUUCUCCCUGAACAAGAACAGCCAGUUCGUGCUUAUCAUAAAGAACCUCUUCUGGUCCAACCUCGUGGAGCUCUUCCUAAAGUACAACAAUCUGGGCAAGUAUAAGAAGCUCCUAAAUGAAGAGCUAUACGAAUACAUCCACAUAAUUAACCGAGUGGAGAAGAAGAAGAGCGUCCUCCUACACACCCUCAUCAUUUCGCUAGUUCACAACAGAGACAUUGUAGAGGAGUUAAUAAAAAAAAAAGUCAACGAUGUUAAUAACUUCAACUGGUUAAUACAGCUCAAGUAUUUCUAUUAUAACAAAAAUUUGUACAUCAAAUAUUUGAACGAGUCUUACAUAUACGGCUACGAGUACAUCCACAAUGAUAAUAAGAUUAUUCUCACCAGCUUGAUAAAUAAAUAUUUCAUAUCGAUUUUGCAUUCUUAUAGCUCUAAGCUGGGGGUAUGCUCUGUAGGGUUGGCUGGGACAGGGAAGACGGAGACUACAAAGUAUUUUUCCAAAUUCGUGGGGAAAUUUUACUUCGUCUACAACUGCAGUUGCAACAUAAACUUUGACUUUCUGAAAAAUUUAUUCUUUGGAAUUGCCACCAAUGGGAUAUUUUUUUGCUUUGAUGAGUUUAACCGCAUAACUAUAGAGGCCCUCAGCGUGCUGGCUCAGCAGCUGUGUAACUUGUUUAGCGCCAAGUCGAGGAAGUUCAGCCGGGGCGGCGUCAACCGGGGCGGCAUCAACCGUGGCGGCAGCUUUGCGGGGAUCGGGCACCCGGGGGGGGGUGACGCGGCCGACGGGGCGGGGGAGCAUCCGCAUGGAGGAGACCACCCAAAUGGGAAGGAGCAUCAGUCUGGCGUGGCCCACCUGUCUCGCGCCGCCCACCCCUCUGGCGUGGCCCCCCUGCCGGGGGGCAGAAAAAACAUGCUCUUCUUCGAAGGGAAGUACAUAAAGAUUAACGAAGAGUUCAACAUUUUCAUUAUCAUCAACCCAUUUUACAAAGGCAGGAGCGCGCUGCCAAACAACAUCAAGGCUCUGUUUCGCUUUUUCAAUUUUAUUAAGCCAGACUUUUUCACGAUCGUGGAGGUCAUGCUGUACUCCAAGGGCUACAAAUACAGCAAGGUGCUGUCGAAAAAGAUUAUCCUCCUCUUCGAGCUAUGCGAGAAUAAUUUAAGUCCCCAAAAACAUUAUAAAUAUGAUUUGAGGACUGUGAAGAAGAUAACCUACGUCAUGGGGAAAAUUAUCGUCGAUAAGGACAACAACAAUCAUAAUAAGAACAUUUUCUACGAGUAUAAAUUUUUGUUCAUCGCUAUUGUUGAGUGCAUAAUGCCGUCCAUCGUCCGGAACGACAUCUACAUAUUCCUCACCAUUAUGAAGAACAUCUUCUACGAGCUGUACGCCUACAACCAGUCCCUCAGCCCGCCCGGCAAGGCCUGCGGCGCCGUCGACUUGAAGUGCAUCCUUUCCAGCAAGCGGAACAACGACAGCAGCAUCCUCAUGUACUUGAAGAGUUUCUACUGCAAUAUGGGGGAGCGACCCCAGCUUGGAAACGCCCCCGGAGGCACGAAAGACAACGCGGGAGACCGCCCACCGGACGACUCAGAAGUGGGCGUGGAGAUGCCGCCCGCUGAGGGAAAAGCACCCGCGAAGGAAGAAAGUCACCAAGGCAGCAAACUGUUCCUAAGCAAAAAAGAAAUCGUGGAAGAUUACCUCAAAAAAAUGCUAAAAAAAAAAAUGCUCGAGUUGAAUUACGUAGGCACAGACAGGUAUGUUAGCAAACUUAUUCAGCUGUACAAUAUGAUCAAGUUCCACACGGGCAUUCUCUUCCUCUCCUACCCACUCUCCAAAACGACAUCCUACAAAAUUUUAUCAAGAACGAUUAACACCAUCAACGAUAGGGACAUAAUCAAAAGAAAAAUGAACGACUACGUGAUAAAUGCCAACGUGGUGCGGGAGAUGGACAUGCUGGGAUUUUACGAAGAGGUAUCAAAUAAAUGGGUUCAUGGGAUAUUAACAAAAAAAAUAAUAGAAAUAAAUUCUACCUUCAAUAGAAGCGACUACCUUAACAUUAUUUAUUUUGAUUGUUACCUCCACUCCCUGUGGAUUGAAAAUUUGAACUCCGUUUUGGACGAAUCGAAAAUUCUGUGUUUAUCCAAAUGUGAUAUCAUCCCGAUACAUGAUCAUACGCGGUUUAUAAUGGAGACGCACGACUUGAAAGACAUCACCAUGGCCACAGUGAGUAGAUGCGGACUGAUCAUUUUAAAUAACUACGAUUUGGACAUCGCUUCGUACAUCUGUUCGUACGUAAACUCGCUGACCACCAAUUUUGAUCCCAUUCACAAGCACAUUUUGAUAAAUUUAUUUAUCGUUUUUUUUUACAAGUCCCUCCUCUUCAUCAGCAUCAACAAUUUAUUUGUCUACACUUUUAAUGAGUACUACUAUUGCAUUUCUUUUAUUAAGUGUAUUGACAGCUUGUUUUCCUACUGCUCCUUUGAGAUUAAUGAUUCCACGAAGAGUGAGAGUUACCAGAAAUAUAUUACAUCUAUCUUCGUCUACGCUUUGAUUUGGAGUGUGGGUUCUAAUACGUACAAAAGGGGCCGAAAGAUAUUCAACGAUUUUCUUUGCAGGCAGAUUGUCAGACACAAAUUGAAGCUAACUUUUGAGACGCUCGAGGGGAGACUCAUAGAUGUUAGACAGCUUCACGGGGGUGGGGUCGCAGCGGCGGACGCCCCCGAUGAGGGUGGCGACUUGGCUAGCUCGGUUGGCGGUGUGGCCGCGCAAGAGGAGACCCCCCAAGUGAGGGAAGCGGCUAAGCAAGUGGAGGAGGCCACACAUAGGAGAGGAGCGGCUGAGGAGGUGGAGGAGACCCCACAUAAGAGAGGAUCAGCUGAGCAGGAGGAGGGGACCCCCCUCAUCAGCGCCAACACAGGCGAUGCUGGCAGCCCCCACAGUAGCGAUUACCCAAGCGAUUGCAGCUCCCACCCAAGCGAUUGCAGCUCCGACGUGGACAUCUACAACGAGCGGAACGAGCCCAUCGAGCGCCACUACGAAAACGUCAACAGCAUGUACGACUACUACCUGAGCACCGCGCGCAAGUGCAGGAACCUGUUCAAGGGCUACGACCCCCGGCUGGGGGAGGGCGAGCAGGGGUGGCUCUUCGGCAAGUGCUACGGGAACUGCAGCUCCGACUCGAACUCGAGCGGCGACGAGCGCUACUUGGCGCGGCGGGGGGGGCGAAGGAGGAAGAGGUACCUUAACGAGCACGCCCCGGGCGGCGUGGACGACGUGCUGCAAAGCCUGCGGAUAAACCUGUUCGACUUUUACUUCAAGUACGAAAGGAACGUGAUGAGCCACCUGAAGAGCAAGGAGAACAAGUUCACCCUGAUGGACGAGUGCCUGAGCAGCACCGACGUGAUGAUAAAGCAGAAGAAGCACCUGUCGAUGAUAUAUAAUAUGGAAAUUUUUAUGAAAAACAAAAAGAGCAUUAUCAUAUCUGGGUGCAGCAACAUAGGGAAGACGCUCACGGUGGAUUACUACCUGAACAAGGUGAUGGCAAAGGAUAAGUUCUUCACAGUGGAUUUUUACUUUUCCUACAGCACGACGAGUAACCACGUGAGGAAUUACAUCGAAUCGAAGUUGACCAAAAGGAGGAGCAACUUUUACGGCACGACGAAUAACCGCAUCUGCGUUUUUUACAUUGACGAUAUUAAUAUAGAAACGGAAGUGGGUUCCAUCCGGGGGAGUCACUACCUCUCCUCCCACGAGUUUUUACGCAUGCUGUUUAAUUAUAAAUUCUUUAUAGAUCCCAAUUUGGGGGUGAAGUACGUGGAGGACGUGACUUGUCUAGCGACGAUGAAUAAUGCGUACACGAAUACGAACACGUCGAAUGGGUCCCGACUCUACAACAAUUUUAACAUCAUAUAUUAUAAUAACUACAAGUAUAGGGAAAUUUUUGACAUCUUCUUUUGCAGCCUGAAAAACAUGUUUAGCAUUUACGAUAUUAAUAUAAAAAGCUUGGCGGCCGACUUGGUGCAGAUGCAGAUAGACAUCUACAAGGGGGUAAAAGGGAUGAAGUACAGUUACUACCUCUACAGUGUGGAAGACCGAGAGGGGAAAGAAAUCUUCCUCCACUCCUUUAACAUAAACAAUAUGAGGGACAUAUAUAAGUGCGUAAAUUACUUGUCCAAAAAUAUAAACAUUCGAAAGGAGCAAAUGCUUCUGUACUUUCUCUACGAAAAUAAGGCCCUUUAUGCGGAAAGUUUUUUCUCAAAAAAUGCAAAAAAAAAAUGCGAACAAAUUGUUAAGGCAAAUUUUAGAAGAUACUUCCCCCAGGAGGAAUAUCAAAAGGUUAUUAGUCAGUAUGAUGGGGGACUCCUCUUUUGUAAUUUUUUAAAUUUAUACCAAAAUGUGUAUGAACAGGUCUCCGAUUUUAAGGAGCUAUACAAUUGUGUAUAUGGGUACAUCUCCGAGUAUGGAAAUAGUGAGAAGAUUAACAUCAUCCUCUUCGACAAUGUCCUCAUUUACAUUUGCAAAAUCACCAAGACGUUCAUGACUGAGAACUCGCACAUCCUUUGCAUCGGCAUCAACGACGCGGUGAAGAGGAAGGUCAACAAAAUCGGUGCCUUCAUAAUUAACAAGACGCUCGUGGUGUCCGAGCUGAACAAGAAGAGCAAGGCCUCUCAAUUUGUGGAGGAAAUCAAGAGGUGCCUCUUCGAUUGCGGAAUUUACGAAAAGCAAUGCGUCUACUACCUCAAUGAUGAGAAUUGCAGCCUCGAUUUCAUCCUCGAGAACCUGAACAACAUUUACAACUACGGGGACAGCUACCUCCUCUACAAUGAGGACAACUUAAAGAAGAUUUACAGCGAGUGCAAGAACAAAUGCGAGGAGGAGCACGUGGCUAGGAACCUCACCAACAUCUACGGCAUUUAUAAGAAGACCAUUCGGAAGUGCUUUCACGUGAGUCUGAACCUCUCCGCCGGCAGCUCCGACGCCGUCCUCAAGUUCCCCUACGUCCUCAAGAACUCGCGCAUCAUCUACUUCGAGGAGGACAACCACGAGGGCCUGCACGUCAUCACGAGGGAUUUCUUCCGCGGGGUGGACAGAGGCGUGGAGCCGGAUAGAAGCGUAGAGCCGGAUAGAGGCGUGGAGGAGUCAGCCAUAAAGGUGGAGGGGCCAGCCAUAAAAGUGGACGACCCGACUGAGCGGACAGGGGACCCAUCUAAGGCGAUAGGCGAGCCCACUCCCCCCACGGCUCCCGCCGCGUCUACCGCUCCUACCGCUCCUACCGCUCCUGCCGCCCUACCCUCCAUCGACCUCGAGGCGGUGAACCCGGAGCAGGACGCCAAGUGCCUGGAGGGGGUCGUGGCGGACAAGGUGUUCAUCCGGAUCCACAAGGAAGUGAUUCACCUGGCGAAGAAGUACCAAGAGGAGAAGCAGGUGCACGUGUGCGUGAACUCCAACAAGUACGUCCACUUCCUCCACUACUUUGACCACUUCUACCACGUGAAGAGAAAGGAGUUUGACGUUAACAUAGACCUUUACAGAAAGGCGCUAAACAAACUCCACAAGUGCGAGCAGGACAUCAAGACGAUGAAGAACUACCUGCUGAACAUGCAGCCAGUGCUCAACAGCACAAAUAUAGAAAUGAAAAAAAAAGUCAACCAAAUGGAGAGAGAGUCCAAAGAGGCGUACAUCAAACAGACGGAAAUAAAAAAAAAAGAAUGCGAAAUGAAGACGAAGAUAAAAAGUAUAACACAUUUAAAAAAUGAAGUGAACGAAGAAAUAACCAAAAGUUUCGCUCUACUUAAUGACUCGCUAAAUAAUUUGAACAAAUUGAAAGUAGAGCACCUCAGAGAGUUGAAGGCGUUUGUCAACCCCCCAUCCAUCGUCGUCAUGGUCAUACAGUGCAUCUUGACCUUUUUAAAGGAGGACGAAAAGUACCUGCAGGGAAAAUUAAUAAGACCGAAAACGCUCAACUAUUGGAUCUUAGCGCAGAAGACCAUUUUUAGAGACUCCAAAGUUUUCCUAGACAAUUUGAAGCAUUAUGAUAAAAAUUUAAUUGAAGAGGAAAUGAUCACGAAGAUAUCUCCCCUAAUUAAGAACAAAAAUUUUAACCCUAAAUUUGUGAGGAAGGCGUCCAAGGCGUGCGAAACCAUGUGCCAGUGGAUCCUCGCCAUUUACCACUACUUCAUCAUUAACAAGGAGUUGAAGCCUAAGAAGGAGGAAGUGCUGACUUUGGAAAGCGAAAUAAACAAAGAGCUUAGCUACUUGGAUGCAUGCAAGGAAGAGCUCAGCAUCGUCAACAGUAACUUGAGCACCAUCGAGAGGGAGAAGGAGGAAAUCACCAUCAAGCAGAACCAGCUAGUCGACAAAAUUGAAAAUAUAAAGCAGAAAAUUAAGAGGUCAAAAAUAAUUCUUUCAUGUCUGUUGGAGCAAGAAAUCAAAUGGAAUAACAAAAAAAAAACCUUAAAGAAGAAAAGGGACCUCCUCAUUGGGGACUGCAUCAUCGUGUCGUCUCUCAUCAACUACAUGUCCUACUUUCCAUACGAGUACAGAAAAAUUAUCAAGCUGAAAGUGCGCGCAAUUUUAAGCAGGUACAACAUUAGGCACACGAAGGACGUCUCCAUCUACAGCUUCUUGGAAUCAAAAAUUAAUAUAGAAAAGUGGGUCUCCUAUGGACUCACCAACAGCAGGUUCUACUUCGAAAAUAUCGUUAUCAUGAAUAACAGCAUCAAGUACAACCUGCUGAUCGACCCGCACUUCAUAGUCACCAACUUCUUAAAAAAAGUUUACCACAAGAAGAGGGACGUGGAGAUCCUUCGAAACAACAGCUCCAACUUUAUCGACAAAAUAGAGCGGGGCAUGCAGCUCGGGAAUGUCAUCCUUUUCACGCACUACGAUGAUGACUGCAGUGUGCUCUUCAACGCGCUGUUUAACUACAAAAUUGGGAAGACCCUCCUCGGCUUUGGGCGCGAGCGGGGGGGCGCCGGCGCCAACCAGGUGGUGAACCCACCAGAGGGGGGGAGCGCACCAAAAGGGGAGGAAGCACCAAAAGGGGAGGAAGCACCAAAAGGGGGGGAAGCACCAAAAGGGGGGGAAGCACCAAAAGGGGAGGAAGCACCGGCGGAAGCGACAUCUUCUGAAGUUCGCUCAUCUGAAGUUCGCUCAUCUGAAGUUCGCUCAUCUGAAGUUCGCUCAUCUGAAGUUCGCUCAUCUGAAGUUCGCUCAUCUGGAGUCCGCUCAUCUGGAGUUCGCUCAUCUGAAGUUCGCUCAUCUGGAGUCCGCUCAUCUGGAGUCCGCUCAUCUGAAGUUUGCUCAUCUGAAGUUCGCUCAUCUGAAGUCCGCUCAUCUGGAGUCCGCCCAUCUGGGGAUGGCCCAUCUGGAGUCCGCUCAUCUGGAGUCCGCCCAUCUGGGGAUGGCCCAUCUGGGGAUGGCCCAUCUGGGGAUGGCCCAUCUGGGGACGCCCCCCCCGCGAGCGGCGCGCUGACCCAAAACAACUGCGUCAACUUCAACAACAAAAUCAUCCCCGUGGACAGCGCCUUCAACAUCUACUUCAUCGUGUACGGGAGCACCCAGUUCGACGAUAACACGCAGAAUCACCUGAACGUAAUUGACUUCAACACGAAUCUGGACAUCCUGGAGGAGUACUUCCUAACCAACCUGAUAGACAAGCUGUUUAGAGCCACCAACGAGCAUAGAAGUUCCCUCAUUCAUGAAAUCCACGGCCUCAACGAACAAAUGGUAAACCAGGAGGAAGAAAUUCUACACAUUUUAAAUUACAAAGAGGAUAUCCUAAGUGAUGAUGACAUUGUAAUCAGCUUCGAGCGCGCCAACAAAAUAUACGCUGAAAAUAAAAAAAAAAUGAAAGAAUAUAAAAUGAAUAAGUUGGAGAUAGCCAAGAUUAGAAAAAACUACAUGAGCAUGUCGGAGCACAUCUCCGUCAUUUACCACUGCAUUAAUAACUUGGUCACGCUGAACCCGAUGUAUAAUUUCUCAAUUUUGUCUUUCGUAAAACUUUUAAACAUUAGCAUUGACAAAUCGGAAGAGAACAAAUUGCUAGAUAAAAGAAAAAAAGAUAUUUUAAACAUUUUCACGAGGAAGAUUCACUACGAGAUUUCUAGGACUCUCUCGGAGAAGCACCAACAGAUAUUUUUUUUUUACCUCGUCUGCAUGAUUAAUAUAUACAAGGGCGAAAUGGACUACGACGAUUACUACUUCUUUGUGUAUGACGACUACCCUAAGGGGGAUGAAAUUCGAAAUGAGGUCUUCCGAAAGGUGCAAUUGAAGCGGAAUGAUAUGUCAAAUGCGGACAAGGCUUUGGGGAGCACCUCUGCACUGGUGGACUCCUCCUCCGUUUUGAAGGAACCGUGUGAUGCUGGGAGAGGGGAGGAACCCCCCACUUCGGACGACGACGACAUGGAUGAGCUCAGCGAACAGGAAGACCUCCAAACGGUGCCGGAUGACGUGUCUAUUCAUAGCCUCCAGUCCGAUGAGUGCAACGUGCGUGAGGCGGAGGAAGAUUCGAGUAAUGCCCAGGCUGCCACCACGCAGAGGACAAUGGGAGAACCCCCCGCAGUAAGGAAUGCAAGCCACCUGGUCAGCGGCACCGUGGAGGAGUACCUCCUACUCCCCAAGGGGAGCGAGAAGGACGACUUUUUGAAUUCCUGCGAGGGGAACGUGAUGCUCCAGGGGGGCCACCCGGAGGAGGGGCGACCCGCUAACGGGGGGGUUUCUAACGGGGGUGCCGCUAACCGGGAGGCCGCUAACUCGCGUGCCGCCAGCGGGGAGGCCCAGUUCCCCUUCAGCUUCGAAACGAAGAGCCUGCCCUGGCUGAGCGCGAAGGAGUGCCUGAGCGUGAAGAAGCUAAUCAGGAGGGAAAAAUACCUCCUCUUCUUCAAAAAGGCCUUCAACGAGUACGAGCACCUAUUCAGGAGCAUCAAGACGGACCACACGAUUUUGCAGCACAAGGACCUGAAGAACCUACUAACCAACUUUGAAAAGUUAAUCAUUUUUAAAAUCUUCCGCUUUGACAUUCUCAAACUUAACAUGAAUAACUAUGUAGAUGCGUGCUUGAACAUAGGCUCUCAGAGCUACGCGAAGGAUCUAUACAAGUGCUACGAGCACUCGUCUCAGAACAAAUUGAUCCUAAUUCUGUCUGAACACCGGCUAAGCACAGCUAGCGAAAUUAUGAUGCUGAGUGAAAAAAUUACUGGAAAAAAUAACCUAAUCAUUUAUAACAAGAACGAUAAGAACUACUUGCUGCAGAUCUUAAAUGAUUCCAUAAAAAAUGGGUUCUGGGUACUAAUCGAGAAUGCCCACCUGAAUAUCCAUCUCAUCCUGGAGAUUGAAAAGUACAUUGAGGCCUGCAACAUUCAGUACUCCAACCCGGACUUCAGAAUCUGGAUCAGCACCAGCUCCGUGAAGUCCUUCCCCGACUACCUCCUCAAGCUCUGCGUGAAGGUCACCUUCGAGAACGUCCACAAUUUGAAGUCGGGCCUGCUCAACAUUUACACGAACGUGGCGCAGGAGGAGGAGGAAGAAGAGGGGGAGGAGGAGGAAGCGGAUGAAGAGAUGGAAGAAGUGGAAGAAGCGGAUGGAGAGACGGACGAAGCGGAUGAAGAGAUGGAAGAAGCGGAUGGAGAAACGGACGAAGGGGACGAUGACGGGGAGGAGAAUGGCCCGGCUGCCGCACACGCUGGACGGACCCCCCGAAGCGGAACCCCGCGCGAAGGCAUCGUCGACGUUGGCGCCGAGUGGAGCGAAAAAGGGGGCAAAAAAGGGGGUCAAAAAAGUGGACAAAAAAGUGGACAAAAAGGGGGCCAAAAAAGUGGCCCAAAAAAGAGCCCCAAAAGGAGCGAGAACGAACGCAUCCUGAUGAACAAGCUGCACUUCAGCCUCUGCUUCUUCCACGCGCUGAUCCAAGAGAGGAGCAAAUUCAAGAGCAAAGGCUUCAACAACUGCUACGAGUUCACGGACAUCGAGCUGAAGCUCUCCAAGGAAAACAUAAUCAAAUUUUUCAGAAACAAAAAUAUAGACAUCAAUUUGCUGCUCUACCUUAUAGGGAAUAUCAUAUACGGUGGUACCAUAAUCGACGUGACGGACCAGAGAUGCUUUAACAUUAUCCUAAACAAGUAUGUAAAUGAAAAGGUGAUUUACUCUAAUAAUGAGUAUAAAUAUAACAGAUACUACUACUGCCCGCACAGUUCUAAUAAGAAUCUUUUUCUGAGGUACGUCAAGUCCUUAAAUUUUAUAACCGAUUUUUCUAUUUUCAAUUUGCACCCUUCUUUAAAUACCCUAUAUUUACAAAAUUACAAUUUAAAAAUUUUGAAGAAUUUAGAGAAGCUAGAAUAUAAGGUGACAAAGGAUAAGUCCAAAUCCGACAGACACAUCUUUUCCAUCAUCCAUGUCUUGACGCAGGUCCUUCCUCCUUUUAUAAAUGCCAACAAGCUAAAUGAGUUCUUCGUAAACAAUUUGAAGUGCCCCAUCAUUACCUUCCUCAAAAUGGAAACAGAUAAAUAUAACAACCUGCUCAGAAUCAUAUAUGACGAUUUGACAAAUAUAAUUAAUUUUGUUAAAGGGAAAAUGAACUUUGCAAAAAUUCGCCACACGUACAUUUCCAUUUCGAAUCUGUGUGUGCCCAAGAGGUGGAUCGCCUCUUCCUUUUUCACCAACUUGCAGAUUUUCCACUACGCCAGGCUGAUCGCCCUCAAGGUUUCCCACCUCAACCGAUACAUCGCCCGCCUGGCCAACCGCGUCUUCAACUUGGCCGCCUUCAUGUCCCCGCGGAGCCUGAUGCUGGCCAUCCGCCAGAAAAUCUGCACAGAGGCCAAGGUCGACGCCAACAACGUGAAGCUCAAGUACCAAAUCUCCUCCUACUUCCACGAGGAGGACAUCCGGGAGGACGGCUACUUCGUGGGCGGCCUCUUCAUCGAGGGCGCCAUGUUUGACGCCACAAAUAUGCUCAUCAAGGAGUCCACCAGCAAGUACCUCUACUGCCCCAUGCCCUACAUCAAGGUCUACUUCCUCACCAGGAGCUCUCCCGUGGCGAUGCCCCUCGCCGGGGCUUCCAAACAGGCCAGGCCUGCCAAACAUGCCAAGCCUGCCAGACCAGCCAAACCCGCCGCCGUCCCCAAGGGCCGCGUGCACAGCUCCAGCUUCCACAUCUUCAAGUGCCCCAUAUACAAAAAUAUGCACAAAACGGACAACCGCCUGAACAACAACGAACCCAUAUUCUACUUAAAGCUAAACUCCAAGGAGAGGAAGGAAAAAUGGAUUGAGCGAAAUGUCUCCGGUGUGUUAAUACUCAAAUGA